AUGGGACGCGGUAAGGGUAGUUUCUGCAAAACCAUCUUCGCCAUUGUAUUCGCUGCUGCGAUCGUUGCGGUCAUCGUUGCAGUCUGUGCUGUCUACAUGCCUCGGAUUGACGAUGAUCACCACGAGUCAAAGGUCAAGGUCCACAAUACAGCAGCUUUCGACAAUGGAGGCGGAAGCCACAAACCCACGAAAGAUCAGUAUGGCGGUGUGGAAGGCAAGGACGAGUUUAAACUGUACACCGGACAAGCGAGCGCGUUCCCCAAGAAGGAGGAUUGGAUAGCUUUCGACGACAUGUGGGAAAGCAACCAGAAGCUUGUUGUCUCUGCCUGUAGCGAUCAUGGCUGGGGUGAUAACAACUCUGACGAGGAGAACGAACGCAUCAAGAAAGAAAUUCAAUCUGUCGCCAGAGCAUCACUGGUGGACCAUCGCUUCAUCUUAGCUAUCAUCCUUCAAGAAGUGAGUACAAGCAAGAUCCGCAGCGCAAUUCCUGUUAACCAGAUCGCUAUGCAGUCCAAAGGCUGCCUCCGUGUCAAGUCCACCACAUCCGCGAAAUACGACAUCUCCACUCCAGGUCUCAUGCAAUCCCACAAUGGCUCCGACUACGACCCCGAGCACAGCAAAUCGUCCAUCCGGCAGAUGAUCCAAGACGGCACACAAGGAACACCGCAUGGCGAUGGGCUUGUCCAAACUCUGAACAAAUUCGGCAACGCCUACGCAGCGGCCAGAGGGUACAAUAGCGGGGCUCUCGCAAAGUCUGGUGACUUGAGCGACGCUCUCGGAGCAACGACUUGCUAUGCUUCCGAUGUGACCAACAGACUCACUGGUUGGGUAAAGGCCCCAACGAAGUGCAGUGACGACCUCACUAGCUCGAAUACAGAGACAGCUGGUAGUGGCGAAGAAGCCAGCGCGGCGCCGGUCUCCACACCUGAGCAGAGCACCACCGCACAGCAAGCGGGAAGCGGUUUACAGUCCACCGACGAUGGAUCAUAUCAGCCUGACAGCAACGGCUGGAGAAGCCGCAGGAGGCGAACUAGCCGCAAGCUUUGA